AUGGGUACAAAAUAUUGGAGCGAUAGUUUUAUGGCGAGAUAUUCAGCUUUUAAUCCUUAUCGGUUAUUGCAACGAGAAUGUGGUUUUCCGAGACCAGUUGGUGGAGAAGAUGCAAUGGCUCGCAGUUUGUACUGCGGUAUGAAGCCUAUAGCUUCGUGGGAUAGUGAUCAGAACAAUGCUCUUCCUACUGGUGGUGUUUUCAACCUUGAAUUUUCCCCGGAAGGGUCACUCUUGGUAGCAGCAUGUGAAAAAAAAUCUAUUCAAAUAUUUGACCCCCUUACUCAUCAGAGAAUUUUUUCUGUUAACGGAGCACAUUCAGAUUGUGUAAAUUGUGUUAAAUUUCUUGAUGGAAGGAUGUUUGCAACAUGCUCGGAUGACACAACAAUAGCUUUAUGGGAUGUUCGUCACUUGAAAAAAAAGAUAAGAUCUCUGUUAGGACAUUCAAACUGGGUUAAAAACAUAGAGUUCUCUGUGAAAGACAAACUUCUUGUUACAUCAGGCUUAGACGGCAGUAUUUACACUUGGGAUAUCAAUUCAUACACAGAGUUUAAUUUAGUCUACCAAAGAGUUUUUCAUGCAUCGGGACUAAUGCGCUGUAGAUUAUCACCAGAUGCAACUAAGAUGGUGAUGUGCACCACAGGGGGACUUCUUGUUAUAAUACAUGAUUUGAACUUAUCUAUGUUGGUGCAAGACCUACAUGGUUUUAAGCCCAAUUUAUAUAGAUUAAUGCAAAUGAGUGGUCAGUUAAUACCAAUAGCAGCUAUGUAUGAUCACCUAUUUGAUGCCAAAAGAACUGAGAACAGAGUAGAGUUUGUGUCUGACUUCCCCGAGGGUAAUGAUGCGGAAGUAGUUAGUGCACUACAGAUUCAUCCUCAAGGUUGGAGUGCUCUGAGCAGAAAUAUCAGUCACGAUGAUAGAUCAGAGUGGUCGUGUAUCCACGACAUUCAGCCGCACCUGGAAUCUGAUAAGGGAGUGAGGGACGCAUCGCCUCCUCCGCCCCCACCUCCAAUUGCGCGUAGACCACCUCGAAGAACACCGCGACGCACGCGCACCAGGCCCUAUCGGGCACCACGACCGAUGACAUCUGUCACACCUGUGUCUGCAGGAGAUCAGUUUCGGGAGAGGAACGACCGGGAUGCAGACAGGGAAUCGCAAUCCGACACUGAGCGGGAAGCGGAACCGGAGGCGGGUCCUAGUUCUAGCUCGUCGGCGGAGCCCGCGCUACCGUCUUCGCGUUUUGGCGCGGGUCUAUCCAGUAUACAAAAUGAUGUAUGGGAGGCAUCAAUUACAAUCAAACAACAUAGAAUUCUACAAGAGAUGUACAGCAGAGGUCAGGUGGGACGCAACUUCAAUAUGCAACGUAUCCUGGGCAUCAACACGGGUAUAACUCCGCCUGGGGCAGCCGCGUUGCGCACGCGAGCGUCGCCGCCGCACCCGCGACCCGCGCGCCUCCUUCCCCGUCUGCAUCCCGCUACUGUCUCUAAUGACCUUAACUAUUUUUAUAGAACAUUACCAUCGACGUCUGGUCACACCCCGACCAAUGGGAGGGACAGAGAGACUGUGAGUGACGGAGAGGAAGAGAUGAGGCACUAUAGCAUACAUCAAAAUCGAGACAGAUUAUUGUAUUAUGUUGAAGAGACUAAUGAAGGAAAAGGAUUUAUCAAGGAGCUGUGCUAUUCGGCAGAUGGUCGACUUGUUUGUUCGCCAUUCGGUUGCGGCAUGCGCCUUUUAGCCCUUAACAAGUCAUGCAGCGAGCUGUCUCAUUGCGUUCAAGACCAAUCCCUACCUGCGCAAAUGGUGGACGUGGGACAAAGUCUCGGAAUUCACCAAGAUCUAGUCGUCAGUUCCAAAUUCAGCCCGAGGCAUCAUCUCCUCGUAACGGGGUGCCUCGAAGGAAAAAUCGUUUGGUACGAGCCUUACAGCGGCGAGGCUCUCUAUUAA